GUAGAGAUAGAAGGGGACUGCGCAAUGAAGCACAUUUUCAAGAAGCUUCACCACAAUCGAUCGAACGACACUCCGCCUUUAACUGCAUCGUCGUCGUCCUUGUUGCUUUCAGGUUCGUCCGAUACCCGGACUACAUCUUCGGGCCAAACCUCCGGUCAGCCUCCGGCGAGCCCUUCCACAAGCUCUUCCCCUUCAACAGCCACCGUCCCGGUUACCGCGGCGAACAGUUUGACUACGUCAGCUGUGAAUCGGCAGGACUAUUUUUCGUCGGAGGAGGAGUAUCAAGUGCAAUUGGCCCUAGCUUUGAGUGUGUCGUCGGGUCAUGAUGCUAGGGAUGAUUCGGAGAAGGAUCAGAUCCGUGCCGCGACAUUUCUGAGCUUGGGAGGGCAGAACCGCGGCGAUACGGUUCGGGAGAGGGGCGAGGCCGCGGCGGAUUUGUUGUCAAGGCAGUACUGGCUUGUUUAUUGCGUUUUGGUCUUGAGUUUUGGUGUGGAUUCUUUGGGGUUUUAA